UACCGCUGGUAGUUUAAUCGGUGCAAGCGGAAGCGCCCCAGUGGAAAAGGUUGUCGUGGGCGAUAAAUUUGCCAUAAUCUGCAGAAGUAACACUCUUUUAUCGCCGGAUUUUAGCGGAAAUCUUAUGUUCCUUGAUAAGCUAUUUUCAAAAGUGUCAAACUGUAGUGAUUGCAGAUAGUUCUCCUAGUCGACAAUCAAACAGAGACUUUCAAAGAGUAGAACACCAUUCACAAGCAAGAAUUCAAAAAUGCAAGCUUACAGAAACUGUCCCUACCCAACAAGCGGUCCAGGAGCCCCUCCUGCCACAGCUCAGUGCCUUUCUAGAGUGCAACUCAACAUCUCUUGCAAAAACCUCAUUGAUAAGGACGUGAUGUCCAAGUCUGAUCCGCUCGUAGUGGUGAUGAUGCUGAGACACAACAACUGGGAGGAGGUUGGAAGAACUGAAAGACUGGAAAACACACUUAAUCCCAACUUCUCUACUACAAUAGUUGUGGAUUAUUUUUUUGAGGAGUUGCAAAAGCUUAAGUUUAUGGUGUAUGAUAUUGAUAGUGCAUCAGGAAGUCUUAAAAAUGCAGACUUUUUAGGGGAAAUGCAGUGCACCCUGGGACAGUUGGUAUCUUCUGCAACUUAUACACAUAAUUUAAAAAUACCAUCAGGAAAACCAGCUGGGAAUAUGACAGUGACUACAGAAGAAGUUGCUGGUACAAAUGAUGAGGUUCAAAUGGUGUUCAGAGCACAAAAACUGGAUAACAAGGAUUUCUUUGGGAAGUCUGAUCCAUACUUAGAAUUCUCCAGAGCAAAAGAGGAUGGAAGCUUUGUUGUUGUCCACAGAACAGAGGUGGUGUCAAAUAAUUUGAAUCCAAAGUGGAAACCUAUUCACAUUUCAAGUCAACAGUUAUGUAAUGGUGACUAUGAUAGAGUCCUCAAGGUUAACUGUUAUGAUUGGGAUGAUGAUGGCAGUCAUGAUCUUAUUGGAACAUUCACAACUACUUUAAGAGAACUGUCUACCUGUCAACAAGGUGGUGCUGAGCUACAAUGGCCAUGCAUCAAUGAGAAGAAAAGAAAGAAAAAAAAGAACUACAAAAAUUCUGGUGUCAUCUUCCUAUCUUCAUGUCAAGUUGUCAGAGUAGCUUCAUUCCUUGAUUUCAUCCAAGGAGGAUGUCAGAUCAACUUCACGGUUGGGAUAGACUUCACUGGUUCAAAUGGCAACCCUGCAAGCCCUACAUCACUGCAUUACAUCAAUCCAUAUGCGCCCAACGAGUACUGCCAGGCUCUGACUGCUGUUGGUGAGAUCAUACAAGACUAUGACAGUGACAAGCUCUUCCCGGCAUUUGGUUUUGGUGCUAAGGUCCCACCUAACAAUAUGGUGUCUCAUCAGUUUGCCUUGAAUUUCAACCACACAAAUCCCUUCUGUGCGGGUCUGCAGGGUCUUAUCGAGGCAUACCAGCAGUGCGUGCGCCAGGUCACCCUGUACGGCCCAACGAACAUCGCUCCCAUCAUCAGCAACGUGGCGAUGUACGCUCAGGCCGCAGCACAACAACCCUACGCAUCAAAUUACUACAUCCUCCUGAUCCUGACGGACGGUGUCAUCUCAGACAUGGAUCAGACCAAGCGAGCCAUCGUACAGGCCUCGGGACUACCCAUGUCAAUCAUUAUUGUGGGCGUAGGGUCAGCUGACUUUGAGAUGAUGGAAGAAUUAGACGCUGAUGAUGGACUCCUGAGAUCUGAAGGAUCUACUGCCCAAAGAGACAUCGUUCAGUUUGUGCCCUUCAGAAAAUUUAAAAACACCAACCAACAGCUCAGCUCGGCUGCUCUGGCCAAGGAAGUGCUUGCUGAAGUCCCUGGACAAGUGACCGGCUACUAUAAGAUGAGAAACAUCUCACCAGGGGGGCAGCCAACCGCACCGCCAAGAUGCUGAGACAACAUGGCAAUCAACCACCAACAUGUUUUUACAUGGAAACAUAGCGACACACAUGGCAACAUGGCAACACACCUCCAACAUGCUUAUUCUAUAUGGCAACACGCAACCAGCAUGCUGAGACUACACGACAACCCACUGCCAACAUGCUAACUCACUACUACACACAACGAACAUGUUUACUCAAUAUGGCAACACACCACUGACAAGUUUACUCAAUAUGGCAACACACAAGCAACAUGCUGAGACAACACGGCAACGCACAAGCCACAUGCAUAUGUUACAUGGAAACGCACAUGGCAAAACACUAUCAACAUACUCAACAUGGCAACACAAAAGCAACAUGCUUAUGUUACAUGGCAACACAUCACCAACAUGCCUAUUUUGUUGUUAGAGUUUUGCGCUCUUGUAUUGCUCAUCGCCUUGCAGUGAGAUGACAGACCGUAGAUUCGAAUAAGCGCCUGCUUUGAAUAAGUUCCCCCUCCCCAAUACACGCCCGCCUCCCCCCCCC